CUAGUGUUGAACCACGUCGAGUUUUCCGAUUAGAUCAGGUAGACAACGUUGAACUCAGGAGUUCGAGUUGAGAAGACGUCUCUGCAACUUGAGCGUUGCUUCUUAUAUUCAUUCUAGUCUUUAGUGACAAAAGCAAACAAGCACAGGUUGAUAAAUGCAGCAGUUACUGGUGGAGAAAGCCAUGACUGCAGACAGCAGCAAUGGACUGAACAACAAGAGCGACGGCAAAGACUACAGAAGAAAUAGGCUGAUGGUCGGUCUGGACCUUUUCUGUCUGUUUCUAGCUGCCCUGCCCUUUCUCAUCAUAGAGUCUGGUGCUGUGAAGCCCUACAGACGCGGCUUCUAUUGUUCAGAUGAAUCCAUCAAAUAUCCCGCCAAACACAGAGACACGAUCAGCGAUGGCGUUCUCUCAGCUGUCGGCAUGCUCAUAGUCAUUCUCUCCAUCACAAUAGGCGAGAGCUACAGAAUUCGCUUCCUUCGUAAAAGCUCCGUCACGUUUGUGGGGAACCCGUACAUCUCUGCUCUCUACAAGCAAGUCGGUGUGUUCGUGUUUGGCUGUGCAGUCAGUCAGUCCUGCACAGACAUCGCCAAAGUCUCCGUGGGCCGCUUACGACCUCACUUCCUAGAUGUGUGCCAGCCGGAUUUAGCCUCCGUCAACUGUUCAUUGGGUUACAUCACUGAAUACAGAUGCACAGGAGAUGACGGCAAAGUUCAGGAAGCCAGGAAAUCCUUCUUUUCUGGCCACGCCUCCUUCUCCAUGUACACAAUGCUGUAUUUAGUAUUGUACCUGCAGUCCCGGUUAUCCUGGCGAGCGGCUCGUGUUCUCAGACCGCUCCUCCAGUUCACCCUGCUCAUGAUGGCGUUUUACACCGGCCUGUCACGUGUCUCCGAUCACAAGCAUCACCCCACUGACAUACUCGCAGGCUUUGCUCAGGGAGCUCUUGUGGCGUACUGCACUAUGUUUUACGUGUCGGACCUCUUCAGGUCAAAAGGCAGGAGCUCUUCUCCGUCGACCGCCACCAGAAAGAUAGACCGUCUAUCACCUGUGGACAUAAGGGAACGGAGCAACCAUCUCUCUACAGCGUGAGGAUUCAGUCAGUGGACUGAACACAUGUAACUUUGACACCACUAUGUAAUCCACAUUACAUGCAAAACUGUCUGUGUGUUAUAAACACAGACGUGACUGACAUGAUACCUCAUGAUUAUGCAUCAUAUGCUCGUAAACUUUCCUCUUUUUUUAAACAAAUUCCUGUGCCUCUGGAAGGAUGAUUAGUUCUAUUAAACAAAUGACUGUUACUUAUACAACAACCUAAAAAAAGGUUUAAAUGUUAAUGGUUAAAACUGUGCAGCUGUCCAGUGCUCUGUUGUUAAAUGUGUAGUUUUGUGUGUUAGUGUGUAGAAUGCUAGAAGUGUGUUAAUAAGCAGCUCUUUGUUAAAUGGACAGGUUGAUUUUUUUACAGAACCUCCUUCUGCCGGAUGGAAGGAACCGCAAGGGUGGAAUGUAUUAUUUUUAAUCUAAUGCCACAAUUUAACUCUCUGUACUUUUGUGUGACAAAGUCUU